AAAAGGACUACAGUACUAAUACACAAGUCCCUUCACGUUACACCUACUCCUCAAGUUGCGAUUUUGUUGCGAACUUCCAUCAACGAUGAUGGCAUCUGUAUUGAGGCAUUGCGAUUUAAUAUUCCGUUUCUGCAUUUCUAAUUUGAGUAUCUGAAUCAACGGGGACCGGCAGAUCUUCAUUGGAUUAAAAAAAAAAGGCUCUCGCUCAUCAUUCACGAUCAGCAGCCAUUGAAGUAUAGGCAUCUGGCUUUUCUGCUCCGACCAAACCCUGGAGUCCCGGAAGGCUUGGGACUGAAAACCUGCGUGUUUUCUGCGUUGUGGGUGUCUGUGUCUGAGAGAGAGAGAGAUGGGAGGGAGAGACUGGUGUCAGAGGGAGGUGGUUCCAUUUUCAGCUGGGUUCACUGUGGACAGCAUCAGAGUGGGCAUCACCACGCUGUUCAAAGCGGCCAACUCGAGAGGGAUGAGCUACCACGCGUGCCUCUUCAAUGCUUAUGCCAUCGCUGCUCUUCUUCUUCUUCUUCCUGCUCCUUUCUUGUCUCUCAAAUCAAGAACGCUCCCUCCUCUCAGCUUGGCCAUAGCUGCCAAACUUGGCCUUCUUGGGCUCGUCGGGUAUGUACAUUUUGAAUAACUUUACACUCACGCCAAUAUGAAAUUUUUUGCUCCUUUUGAAUAGUUGACAACCUGUAUCGAGACGCGCCGCCAUGCGUUUACACCACCGGCGUCAGCCCCACCAGGGGAUGCCAACCAUCGGACAUGUCCCUGAUCCCACAUCGCCCAUGUUUUAGGCAAUUGCGCCCACAUAUAAAGAAGGUUCGCGAUUCUUGAAA